UCAGCACCAUUUAACAGUUACACAUGUUGAAAUCAACAUUUAUAUAAAACUAAUUCAUCAUGGAUGGUAAUAAUCCAAUGACCGAACCAGAUGAUGUGCCGGAAUCCGUGUCACAUAAUCCAGAACAAGAAGAUAUCAAUAUACAUGGACCAUAUCAGACACAUCGAGGUUCCAAUCAAAAUGUAACAGAGUCACUGCUUAUAUCUUCAUCGUUGACCGAUGAUGUCAAUCCAGUACCAGGGCUCUCAACGGAUCCAUUGAGAGGAAUGCCGCCACCAAGACAUACGAAUCCUAAUGGAAUGUUAAUGGGACCAGAUGACCCAUUCUUCAAAGAAACGCAAAACAACCCAAGAACGAGAGGAGUUGGACAAGUACGCUAUGAUGUUAUAGGACCCUUUGGACAAGAACCCGAUCCGAAUAUAGAUAUACCACCAGGAAGCAACCCAUUCCCAAACAUACGAGGCGGCUUUCCAUCUUUUGGACCAGGCAGAUUCGGUGGCCCUGGUGGUGGCUCAUUUGGUGGAUUCUUCCCCUAGAGUCCUAAAUGCAAACAUAGCAGCGAAAUG